GAAAAAGAGAAAAAUGACAUGAUAGGUCCAACCAUCACGGAUAACCAAAAUACUCAAUUAAAUCCGGGCACCCGAACUUGGACACAUCAUCACUGAUUCAGGAGAACUCCUUUGAAUCAGACCAGGGUCCGAAAAUGCUAAGCGGGUUCCAUCCCGGGUCAGGGUCAGGGGUCCUCAGGGACCAAUCAGAAAUAGAACCAAUGAACCAUCCAUGUCCAUCUCCAACCACAGUCGUUGGCUCGUUCAUUUGUAGUUUUCAACAGGGGACCCACAUCUCUCCGCCAGAUCACCUCCUCUCUUUCUCUCUCUAGAACUCUUCCUUGUUUUUUUCUCUUUCUACAACUCUCUGCGUAGAUCAGACACGAUCCUCGGACUCUGUCGAUGGCUUCGAAGCGGAUCUUGAAAGAGCUCAAGGAUCUGCAGAAAGAUCCUCCUACUUCAUGCAGCGCUGUUGCAAGAGGUGUGUGUUCUGUCUGCCAUGGGAUGAUAGCAUGAUCUAUUACUUUGUAUCCAUAUGCUGACAGGUCCUGUAGCUGAAGACAUGUUCCAUUGGCAAGCCACAAUAAUGGGCCCCUCUGAUAGUCCUUAUACUGGAGGUGUCUUUCUAGUGACAAUUCAUUUUCCUCCUGAUUAUCCUUUUAAACCUCCCAAAGUUGCAUUUAGAACUAAGGUUUUUCACCCAAAUAUCAACAGCAAUGGUAGCAUAUGCCUUGACAUACUGAAGGAGCAGUGGAGCCCAGCCCUGACCAUAUCAAAGGUGUUGCUUUCUAUCUGCUCCCUCUUGACGGACCCAAACCCUGAUGAUCCCCUGGUGCCAGAAAUUGCUCAUAUGUACAAGACAGACAGGGCUAAGUAUGAGUCAACUGCUAGGAGCUGGACCCAGAAGUAUGCCAUGGGCUAG